CCAUGCUCCCAAAUCUCUUUCUUGUUCGAGGUCGGCGAAGCGCGCGGGCGGCGGCGAUCGGCUAGGUCUCAAUGAGCGGCGGCGGGUCUCCGACGGACGGCCGGGGACCGCCGCCGCUUGGCACCUGGCUCCGGCCGCCGGCGCAACGGGUAUUCUCAUCCUCAUUCUCUCCGAUCCCAUUUCCCCCCUCCUAAAACCACACCUCCACUGGGUUUCAAUCGCUGCUUAUAAAUACACUCUUCCCCCUCCAAUCCCACAUCCAUUGGGUUUCAAUCGCCGGGGUUUAUACAAAUUCCCCCUCUAAUCCCACCUCCGACUGGUUUCAGUCGCUGCGAUUUAUCCAAUUUUCUCCUCUGCUAAUCCCUCCCCAACUGGGUUCAAAAUCCAGUUCUUUCCCAAUGUAUGGCAUUCCCGGGUGGCAUUUCGAUUCCCGACAUCCAAACGGGAAUCGACUCGCCGUUGCUGAGCUCGGUUUAGCGAACCGCCUUCUCCCCCCCGCGCGCAUGGCGCUAUAUAAACCCUCCUCCUCCUCCCAAGAAUUAGGAGAGGGACACCAAGUAGCGAAAUCCACAGCCUUUUUGAUCGAAUUGCCAUCCGCGGCGGAAUCCAUUUCGGUACCAAGCAAGCAAGCCGGUGCGAGAGGCGUCGCGGCAUUAGCGUCAGCGGCCGCUUCGUCGUCUUCGUCUCCCUUCUCCCCCCUGCCCCCCCUUCGCCGCUCGGUGUCGCAGGGUGGUGCGCUUCCUGGACGACAAUGUAUGUACUAGUAAAUUGGGGAGCUAGCGCGGCGUUGCAUUUGCUCUUUUCUGUCGUUUGCUUGAUCCUUGUGCGUUCUUGAGGUGUUUUGUGGAGCAUCUGGUACAAUCAAGAGCGGUUUUGGUUGAAUUCCGGGGACGGGUGGGUUCUUGGCUAGAACGAUCCUUCGCUUCUUGUCUUUUCUUUACGCGGGUGAAUUCAUGUAGCGGUUCGUGGAUUAUCUGGUACAAUCUUGGUGGUUCUAGUUGAACUCUGGAUACUGAUUCUUGGCCGGGACGGUGCCUUUUACUCUUGUGAUUCUUUGCGGGUUCAGCUGUUCUAGGGGUUCGUGGAUUAUCAGGUACAAUCUUGGCGGUUUUAGUUGCACUCUGGAUACUGAUUCUUGGCCAGAACGAUGUUUUGUACUCUUGUGAUUCUUUGCGGGGUGAGCUCUUCUAGGGGUUCGUGGAGUAUCUAGUACAAUCUGAGUGGUAUUGGUUUAAUUCCGAGAUUAUGUUCUUGGCUGGAAUAGUUCUUGUUUGUAGAUAUACAACUUCUCUUUUCUUCUUUUGGUGUGUUCUUGUGGAGGCAGGUCUAUGGAUUACAGGAGGAGUAGCGUUCGGCUAGUUUUGGUUGGAUUCUGAGAAGGGUUAUUGGAAAGAACAGUUCUUGCUCAUUGGGUUCGUUCUCUUACUAUGGAUAUUUUGGCUGGGUUGGUGGGUAUAGAGUUUCUGUUUUGCAUCCAACAGAUAACUUUGCACUUUGUUCUUCAGAUUUGGAACCAGGAAAACAUAAUUUUGGGUCAAUGUGGAAAAACACGAGUUGGUGCAAAUGUUUCCUCUUUUGUGGGUGCAAACAGAGAUAGAUGCAAGGAACGGGGGGCAUAUGCUCCAAUGUCAACUGGUUUUGCGGCACAAGCCAAGUUGGAUCAGUUGGAGCCAUCAUGUGCAAAUGCUAUUGUUCAGUACGCCAACAUAUCAAAGCCAAGUUGGAUCAGUUGGUAUGCAUUUUCAGCCCGGGAUGAGGCAAUACAAGCCUUGAUUAAUGAGGCGAAGUCAUACUACAUGAGGUUCCCCCCAAUACAACACCUCCAGCAGCUACCCUUACUGCAGUCACCUUCAACGCGGUAUGAUUAUGAAUCCCCAUCGCUCUAUUUGGAGCCUCAGUUUCAGUCUUUGAACAUUCCAGGUGAUGGCUUGCCAAGGGAUUAUCUAAAUGCACAAGUUAAUGUUCUCGGGUCUGAUGUCCAUGAGAUGCACAAUCAGAGGCAAUCUCAUCCUCGUGGCCGACAUAGGGAUUUCUUUGGUGAAGGUUCCGAUUUUACGAUUUAUAUUACCAUCAACUUUGAUGGCGGCAGAUUAACUAAGGAAAAUAUUUGGGACUACUUCAAGAAGUUCGGGCCUGUGAUCAAUGUCUACCUUAGCUGUAAGCCAGGGAAUGAAAAGUACACUUUCGGUUUUGUGACAUUUGAAAAUGCUGAUACGGUGAGCCUUCUCUUAUCAAAGAGCACACCUCAUUUCAUCUUUGGAGUAAAAGUUAGAGUCAAGCGUUACCUGGAAUGGACCAAACAAGAGCAAAGGAAGCUUCCUCAAGAAAACGACCAUUUUGACAAUGUUGCACACAGGACAUCAUGUGCCAAUGCCUUCGAUGGCAUGCCAAGGGAUUACCUAAAUGCACAAGUUCUCGGGUCUGGUGUCCCUGAGUUGCACAAUCAGAGGCUAUCUCAUCCUCGUGGCUCACAGAGGGAUUUCUUUGGUCACAAUCAGAGGCAAUCCCAUCCUCAUGGCUCACAGAGGGAUUUCUUCGGUCAAAGUACCGAGUUUACGAUUUAUAUUACCAUCGCUAAGAACAUAUUGACUUGGAAAAAUAUUCGGGACUACUUCAAGAAGUUCGGACCUGUGAUCAAUGUCUACAUCCCCUUUAAGCCAGACAAUGAGAAGCACACUUUCGGUUUUGUGACAUUCGAAAAUGAUGACACAGUGGGGCUUCUCUUAUCAAAGAGCACAUCGCAUUCCAUCAGUGGAGUAGAAGUUAGAGUCAAAGCCUUACCUGGAUAGGACCAAACAAGAGCAAAGGCAGCUUCCUCAGAGAAACGACCGUUUUGACAAUGUUGCACACAGGACAUCAUGUGACAAUGCCAUUGAGGGUCACUCUGGACAAAAAAUGCCGAAUUUCAUUGAACUUUCCCAGGAGACACUGACACAUCAAUUUGGAGAUUUUGAUUCACCUCUAACACAUAACCUCUCUGAGAAGAAAACAGAAUCUCCAGAAGGAGCACUCCGAGGAGGGGCGGCGAUUAGGGCGGAGUCGGCGAUCGGGGUCAGGGUGGCCGGAGACGCGUUCUGGGUGGCGCGUUUGGCCGCCAACCGAUUGGGCGCCGUCAUCGGAGGCGUCGGAGGCGCGAGAUGGACCUGACCUUGCGAGAUGAAGGCGCACCUGCGCCUGUUUAUAGUGAGUGUCGUCGUCAUCUUUUAAUCCCUUUCAUUUGGUAAGUUUAAUCUGUGAUUGAGAGGUUUGGAAGUUUGUUUCUUCAAGAAAUUUGGGACUUUUGGUCGGUGGCAAUUUUUUCUAGGGUUUCAUCUAGAAUGCAAUUAGUUGAUUUUGUGUUGGUAAAUGUGUGUUUUUUUAGCUAUUGUGAUGUAAUGUAGGGUUUAGUAUGUUGUCUCAUCCCGAAUGUGUGCACUAUAUAGGUCCUGGAUCAAAGUACUUUUCAAUUGAGUUUCAUCAUGGGGGGUUUUUCUGUGGUAUGGGAGUGAACCGCACAUAUAUGGAUGGCAAAGUAGACUGGUUUGACAAUAUUGAUUCUCGAGAUUGGGGUAGAUGUCUACAUUUAGCAGACUUUGUUGCCAUGCUUGGAUAUGACUCUGAUGGAAAGUUGAAAACUUAUUGGUUAUUGCCUGGAAAGAACAUGUCUGAUGGAUUGAGGAUCAUAGACAGUGAAGUUGAGAUCAAUGUCAUGAAAUCAGUGUCAAAUAAAAUCAAGAAUUUUGUCAUCUAUUUUGAUCAUACUAAUCAUGUCUCAGGAAGAAAUAUAGAUGACAUUGUUCUGAGCCCAGAAGCUGAGUUGCCAGAGGUGUUCAACCCUAGUAGACAGUGCCAGCAGACAGAGGAGGCAGAAAGCGAGGAUAGAAACCCUAGGAAUGCACCUGAUGGACAUGUAGUGCAUGAAGAAUUGGAUGUUGGUGAAGAAAUAGUUGAGCUUUCAUAUAAACUCAGAUGACAGUGAGUCUGAUUCUGAUUUUGUUGAUAGUGAUUAUGAGUGGGAGGAUGAUGAUGAUGACCUCUUUGAGGAAAAUGUGGAUGGUGAUGUGGAAGAGGGGGAUAGGAAGAAAUUCAACCAUAAGAAGGCUGCAGGUAGUGUGUUGAAGGGCAAGAAAGUUGUGGCAGAUUUGUCAGAAGGUGACACAAGUGAUGAUGAACAACUGCACUUGCCAAGUGAUGAUGAUGAUGAUGAGUUCAACUUGAAGUUUAAGUCUUUUAAUCCUGAAGACAUUAACAACCCAAUCUUCAAAGUAGGCAUGGUAUUCUCUUCAGUUGAAUUAGUUAGAAAGGCUAUCUCUGAAUAUAGCAUGAAGAACAGGGUGGACAUAAAGAUGCCCAGGAAUGAUAGAACUAGGAUCAAGGCACAUUGUGCAGAAGGAUGCCCCUGGAACUUUUAUGCUUCAAUGGACAGCAGGGCAAAGGCCUUCAUUGUUAAGACAUAUGAGCCCCAUCACAAAUGCAAGAAGGAGUGGAUUCUAAAAAGGUGUACUGCAAAAUGGUUAGCUGAAAAGUACACUGAGUCAUUUAGGGCUGAUGGGAAGAUGACCAUUCCUAGCUUUGCAAAGACAGUACAAAAAGAGUGGAACUUGACUCCUUCAAGAAGCAAGCUUGCAAGAGCUAGGAGGCUGGCCCUAAAAGAGAUAUAUGGUGAUGAAAUAGCCCAAUACAACUUGUUGUGGGAUUAUGGCAAUGAACUAAGGAGGUCCAAUCCUGGGAGUUCUUUCUAUCUUAGGUUAGAUGAGGGCAAAUUUAGUAGCUUGUACUUCUCACUAGAUGUAUGCAAGAGAGGAUUCCUCAGUGGUUGCAGGCCAAUCAUUUGUCUGGAUGGUUGCCACAUCAAGACCAAAUUUGGAGGUCAAUUGUUGACAGCAGUUGGAAUUGAUCCCAAUGACUGCAUAUACCCCAUUGCAAUGGCUGUGGUAGAAGUUGAGUCUUUCAGCACAUGGACAUGGUUUCUUGAUACCUUGAAGACUGAACUUGGGAUAGUGAACACCUCUCCAUGGACCAUUAUGACAGACAAACAAAAGGGAGCGCUGUCUUCCAGAUGACCUAUUUAGUGAGGAACAGUGAAGGUGAAGCAGCACUUGUAUGACUUUGCUAGUUCCAAGCCACCUAAGCCAGUCAAACAAAAGGGAAAGUUUGUGUACAGUGGCCCGGAGGAAUGUUUCUUAGUUGAUUGAUUUUGGCGUCACACUGAAGUCGUUAGGAUAUACUACUACACGUAAACAUGGUUAAGUAGCAGUUGAUGUUAAUGCUGAAACAGCUUAGUGCACUUAAGAGUGUAGCCAUACAAUACAUGUUAAUCUUUCUGUGACAAGAAUGAAACUGUGUUAAUCUUGUGACAGUUUCAUUCUUGAGUGUACAUUCUUUGGGGGGCUGAUUACCUAUUUUUUGACAAGGUGGUUGAAUGCCUAUCGAGUGUAGAUUUGCUCAGAUAUGUGGGUUAAACCGGUUGCAUCUUAUUAACAUUGUAUAUAAUUGUUAUUAUAAUUGGAGAAGUGUUUAGACCUA